AUGUCAGGAUCUGCAGGGUUUGACAGACACAUCACGAUCUUCUCCCCCGAGGGCCGUCUCUACCAAGUCGAAUAUGCAUUCAAAGCCAUAAACUCGUCGAAUAUAACCUCAAUGGGGAUAACCGGCCAGGACUCCUCGGUGCUCAUUUCGCAAAGAAAAGUCCCCGACAAGCUCCUCGACGCCAAGACCAUCUCCUAUAUUUUCAAAAUCACCCCUAGCAUAGGUAUGGUUGCCACGGGCUCGAUUGCGGAUGCGCGUGCUCAAGCCAUGCGUGCCAGAAGCGAAGCCACGGAGUUUAGGUACAAGUACGGGUACGAGAUGCCCGUGGAGAGCUUGAGCAAGAGAAUGGCCAACAUCUCGCAGUUGUAUACGCAGAGAGCCUAUAUGAGGCCCUUGGGCGUCGCUUUAACUUUUGCACAGGUGGACUUUGAAGAUGAAGGUAAAGGGCCGCAAGUUUUCAAAUGCGAUCCCGCGGGGUAUUAUACCAGUGUCAAGGCCGUUGCCACGGGACCGAAGCAGCAAGAGGCCACGACGUAUUUGGAAAAGAAGUUUAAGAAGAUUGACGCCGUCAAGGGCGAUUGGAAAGAAACGGUUGAGUUUGCUAUAACUGCAUUGAGUUCCGUGUUGGGCACAGAUUUCAGAAAGACUGACAUUGAAAUUGGAGUAGCGACCGAAGGUGAGUUUAGGAUCUUGAGUCCCGAUGAGAUAGACGAGAGAUUGGUCGCCAUUGCUGAGCAAGAUUAA